GGUAACUUCAUCUUGGUGGUUGAUGGUAUAUAAAAGUCGGUGGUACAGUUGCUUUGCAUCAGUCGUGUGUGGUUGGUCUGACGAAGUAAACCUUAUUCAAACGCAAUGUUCACUAAAACCGUGGUAGUCCUCAGCGUGGUGGCGGUAGCAGCAGCCGGUGUAGUGCACUUGGGGCAUGGAUACUCCGGCGAGGGCUACGGCCACGAGGCUGUCGCGUACGCGCCCGUUGCCCAGCUGGCAGCAUACGAAGAACACGACCAGCACGUUGAUUAUCACGCCCAUCCUAAAUAUGACUACUCAUAUUCCGUAUCCGACCCGCACACUGGUGACCACAAGACGCAGCACGAGGCUCGUGAUGGCGACGUCGUCAAGGGAGAGUACUCCCUCCUGCAACCAGACGGCUCAUUCCGCAAGGUCACAUACACCGCUGAUGACCACAAUGGGUUCAACGCGAUAGUCCACAACACAGCGCCAGUUCAUCCCGAGUACCACUAACCUACGAUGGCAGCUCGCCAUAACUCCCUUGUGAUAUUACGUGUACCUACUACUUAUAGAAUAGUCUUUAGUCGACAACAAACUUUUAUCUUAAGACUGCGGCGAAAAUAAACUUUCGAAAACUA